AUGGAUGAAAACCGACUACAGAUUCAGAACUUUAUAAGAGCAACAUUUACUGAGCAGAGGAAACAACUGGAUGUAAAUGAUCAGAGAAACCUUGUUGAUACAUUUCUGGCCAAGCAGCAAGAGGGGAAGCCAGAAUCUACUCUAUAUUUCCAUGAUGACAAUUUAACAGGCCUGGUAGCCAACUUGUUUGCAGCUGGAAUGGAGACAACAUCCACAACUCUGCGAUGGGGUCUUUUGCUAAUGAUGAAAUAUCCUAAUAUACAAAAGAAAGUACAAGACGAAAUUGAAAAAGUCAUUGGCACAGCUCAGCUUAGAUUAGAGCACAGGAAACAAAUGCCGUACACUGAUGCCGUCGUUCAUGAGAUCCUGCGGUUUGGUGAUAUUGCACCGGGAAGUGUUCCACAUGCAACGUCACAAGAUGUUACAUUCAGAGGAUAUUUUAUUCCAAAGGGAACCACAGUCAUCCCAGUGCUCUCCUCUGCUCUGAGGGAAAAGUCUUACUUUGAAAAACCAUAUGAAUUCCACCCAGAACAUUUUCUUGAUUCUAAAGGCAAUUUCAAGAAGGCUGAUGCUUUCAUUCCAUUUUCUAUUGGAAAAAGAAGUUGUGCUGGGGAAACAUUGGCUAAAAUGGAGCUGUUCCUCUUCUUUACAACACUACUGCAACACUUCACCUUCCAGGCCCCUCCCGGAGCUGUGCUGGACCUCACCCCCGCACUGGGGGCCACAAAUGCCCCAUUACCAUACGAAAUGUGUGCAAUCCCCCGCAUCUAG